UCAGCCAAUGAGAAGAGACGUUGUUUUCCGUGGAACGCAAGAGGACGAGUGUGAGCUGGAAGAAGGUUUCAAUAUGUGAGAGACACAGGGGAAUAAAGCUGCACCAUGGCUGGAGAGGGUGCGCUGCAGUUUUACAGAGAACUCCCUAAAGUGGAGCUUCAUGCGCACCUGAAUGGUUCUAUAAGUACAGCUACCAUGAAGAAGCUGAUGGCCCGCAAACCACAUCUAGAUAUCCACAAUGAUAUGACUAUGAUUAACAAAGGGCAGAAAAGGACACUUGAAGAAUGUUUUCAGAUGUUUAAAAUAAUACACCAAAUCACAGAUACUGCUGAAGAUAUUUUAUUGGUAACAAAGGAUGUCAUUAAAGAAUUCGCUGCUGAUGGUGUGAAGUAUUUAGAACUGCGAAGUACACCUAGGGAUACUCCUGCUGGUUUAACAAAACGGGCCUAUGUUGAGACUGUGCUCGAGGGCAUAAAGCAGUGUAAAGAAGAGGGUCUGGAUAUAGAUGUUGGAUUCUUGUUGGCUAUCGAUAGAAGAGGGGGACCCACAGCUGCAAAGGAAACUGUUAAGCUUGCUGAAGAUUUCUUCUGUUCAAGCAAUGAACUGGUUCUAGGUUUGGAUCUCAGUGGUGACCCAACUGUGGGACAUGGAAAAGACUUCAUGGAACCUUUAGACAAAGCCAGGCAAUCCGGCCUCAAGUUGGCUCUUCACUUAUCAGAGAUUCCCAGUCAAGCUGAUGAGACAGAACUCCUUCUUGCACUCCCACCAGAUCGGAUUGGACACGGCACGUUUCUUACUACCUCCGCUCACGUUGUUGAGAUUGUGAAAAAACAGCGUAUACCUCUAGAACUCUGCAUUACCUCAAAUAUCAAAGGACAGACCGUUUCCACCUACCACGAGCACCAUUUUGGAUUUUGGUAUAAUCUGCAUCACCCAUUUGUGCUAUGUACAGAUGAUAAAGGAGUCUUUGCGACGGAUCUUUCAGUGGAGUAUGAGAUUGCUGCUAAGACAUUUAACUUGACUCCACACCACAUAUGGGAUCUGUCCUAUCAAGCCAUUGAUUACAGCUUUGCAUCAGCAGACGUCAAAGCGAACUUGAAGGAGAAGUGGAUGCUGCUAAAGCCAGAUGUGUUCAAACCAUACACUUUAAAAGCAAGCUGAAUAAUUAGAGAAUGUAUUUAGAUCACCGUCCAUAUGGCAGAAAGGGGCAUUGUACAUCUGCCAGAUGUGAUUAUUGGGCAGAGGUUCAUUCCCACAAUCUUUUUUUUUUUUUAUUCUGGUUUUAGUACGCUAAUAUAAACUAUGCAUUUAUUCUAAAGUUUCUUUUACUAUGAUGAUUUUAAAAAUAUGUGUGUGUGUGUGUGUGUGUGUGUGUGAACCAAUCACAGGGUUUAUAUCGGGGAGUAACAACUUGCAGCAUUUUUAUAAAACAUUAUUUAUUCUUAAAGUUUUUGCCAUUUCUAACUGCUACAGAUUUCUCACUGAUCCUGUUUCCCUAAGACAUGGAUGUAGUCUCUUGCCCUGGCCUCCCUUGCUGUUUUGUGGGAGUGAAUUCAUGCAAAGUGAUUGCUUCUAGAGAAAUAGUCAUUGCUACUUUUCACAGCACAGAGUAAAACAGCCUGUAAUUAUAUAAUACACUAGAGCCAUGGAUAUCCUGUAAAUGAUAUAAUUAUAAAUUGUGCUUAGUCAUGUCUUUGGUUCUUAUCAGUGCUUAGUGACUCACAGAAACUUGUGCAUUGUAUUAAAUAAUGUUAUCCCUUUGUAAAAUAUGGGGAUACCG